AUGAAGCUGCUGCUACUGUGCCUGGGGCUGACCCUGCUCUGUGCCCAUGGUCAAGAGAAGCAUGAUGUGGUGACAAGCAACUUUGAUAUGGCAAAGAUUUCCGGGGAGUGGUAUACUGUUCUCUUGGCUGCAGACUCGAUGGAAAAGAUAGAAGAAAAUGGUAGCUUCAGAUCGUUUAUCGAAUACAUCUGGGUCUUUGAUAACUCUUCUCUGUUACUUAAGUAUAAUAAGAAGAUCAACGGAGAGUGCACUGCACUUUUUUUUGUUCCUGAUGAAAAAGAAGAGAAGGGUGUAUAUGAUGUUCCCUAUGAUGGACAGAAUAGCAUACAAAUAGCUGAAGCAGUUUACGAUGAAUAUCUUAUUCUUUAUGUCUUGAAUUUUGAUCAUGAGAAAACAACCAAUAUUAUCGUGCUGAACGCCAGAAACCUGGAUGUGACUCCACGACUCAGGAAAGCAUUUGAGAAAAAUUGUGAAAAGUAUGGAAUCCCAACAGAAAAUAUAGUGGAUGUGAGCAAUGCUGACCCCUGUAUCCAGACCCGAGGGAACCAUGGAUCCCAGAGCUCCAGCACCUGCUGUAAGAAAGAGCCAGGUGUCCUGAAGCUGAGACUGAGUUGGCACUAA